GCUCUUGAUAAGGGCAGCCGAUAAGUCGUCUGACUCCACCACAACAACCACGCGUUCAGGGGGGUCGGGAUUUAGGUGUUGUAUGGCUAAUUCAUAUCCUCACUUUGAUCCUUAUCAUCACGAUCACAACCCUUCGUCAUGGUAUCAAGGCAAGAUCAAAAUGUCCAAGAUGAAAGGCAAGUUCCACAUACAACGCCUGCGAGAGUAGGAUGGAGGCGGCUAUUAGCCACUUCAAGAUCAACUGCCGCUGUUUUCAUCGUUGCAAAUUCACUCACAGCCGGAUCGAUAUUUUGUUUCCCUUUGUUCGGUCCAAAGAUAACGACUGAUUUAGGUUUAAGUUUAACCCAAACAAAUGCCAUUUGGUCAGCCGCAAUUUUGGGUCAAUAUGCUUCAGCGGCUAUCUUUGGACAUAUUGCCGAUACUUAUGGACCAAGACCUUUAUCGUUCAUGGCUUCAAUCCUCUUUGGUGUUGGAUAUGUUUUAAUGGCACAUACAGAAAGUGAUGCGAUAUCACAUCACUCGUCAUCUUCAUCAUCAGCCAGCUCCAAUAGGGCAAACUUUGUAGCAAUGGCGGCUUAUUUUGUUCUUGUUGGUACAGGCGUUGCUGCAAGUAUAUUCUCUGCUCUUCGAUCGUCUACCUCGCAUUUCAAGUCACAUCCUGGUUUGGCACUUUCGAUUCCAUUAACGCUUUUCAGUCUAUCUUCACUUUUCCUUUCAGCAUUUGCAUCCCUCUCAUUCUUCACCGACCCGAAUACGGGCGACCUCAAUAGUCCAAAAUGGUUGGCAUGGCUUGGAGCUGCUUUGAUGAUCACUAAUGCACUAUCAGCCUUUGGCCUUUCUGUACCGGCUGAAGGCCAAGGACACGAUGAGGCUGCAGCUGAGGCAAGACAAGACCAAGACGAACCUGUAACGGAGCGGACGGCAUUAUUAGGCUCACGGCCAUUGCCAGCCUUUCUCUGGUCGAUCCCAUACAAUCGUGAUCCAUCAGAUUAUCCACGUGAACCUUUGUUGAGCUUGAAAGAGUAUCUCUCUGCACCUUCAGUAUGGAUAAUGGGGAUAGUACUGUUUGCUGGAGUGGGUGGAGCAGAGAUGGUGAUGGGAUCUAUCGGAAGUAUUGUUGUGAGCCUACGAGCCGUACAUACUGCCUUAGAUGGUGACAAUCAAGAUGACAAGACUCGAUUAGGAAGAGAAACAUUGGCCUUGCGAACACAACAAGUGCAGCUAUUAGCUAUCGCCAAUACUGUUUCACGACUGCUUGUAGGGCUGUUGACCGACCUUUGCUCUCCACAAGCAUCAAGUAAGAGACCUUCUGCGAUUUCCAACAACGCGAGCCGUGCCGAUGAAGCAAGCUGGAAAAAGGCUCUGCAAAGGUUCACGAUAAGCCGAUUAUCCCUUCUUCUUGUCGGAUUAGCACUUCUGUGUGUCACUUUUAUUUAUUCUUCAAUAUUUGUCGAUCGAGUUGACAGACUUUGGCUCGUUAGCUUAGCAACCGGAACAGGGUAUGGGCUAACAUUUACUGUAUUACCAUCUACGAUCAUUUGCGUUUGGCCACAACAAUUUGGUCGCAACUAUGGACUGUUGACCUACGCUGCCGCUCUCGGAAGCUUGUUUUUCUCAAUGCUGUUCGCAAAUAUUAACGAUAGAAUCGCAUCUCGUCAAUUUCCCAUCAAGAUGCCAGACGACAAAAUGAAUCUUCUUGCUGAAGCACAACAAGCCAUUUGUCCAUACGGAAGGGAAUGUUUUGCACCAAGCUUUGCUUUUGCUGCUCUGGUUGUAGGCGUUGCAUUCUUUGCCACAGUACCGCUUUGGCGAGCAUGGAGAACGCUUCUUUAGAUAUGUAGAAGUCAUAUAUCAUUUAGAACUUACGACGUAUUAUCAACUCAAUUGUACUAUAAGCAUCAUCAUUCAAUGUAUAUCUGCCUCUCACUUCACUCAAACUAGAUGAAUAAUGGUAUCAUUG